CCCUGCGGGGCGCGGCCGGCGGCCCUUGGGCGAGGUUUCCGGCGGACGCUGGGAUAAAUCCUUGAACCUCGCUCAGGGGCGAGCCAGGGUCCCGGUGUCCUUGGCAGGCGAGCGCGGCUUCUCGGCGGGCAGCGAGGGCAGCGUAUCCGGGGUGUCAGCCAGAAUAUGGCGCCCGACCUGAACUCAACAAAGGACUUGUUCGUUUUCUUAGGAAAAUCAGUGUUUAGUGUUCUGGAGGACAUGGUUUUUACCUUAAUCCCAAAGCCACGGAAGAACGUUGCUGGUGAAAUAGUGCUCAUAACAGGUGCUGGGAGUGGACUCGGAAGGCUCCUAGCCCUCAAAUUUGCCAGCCUUGGAUCUGUGCUUGUUCUCUGGGACAUCAACAAGGAGGGGACCGAGGAGACAUGCGAGAUGGCUCGGGCCGCUGGAGCCACGAGAGUUUAUGCCUACACCUGUGAUUGCAGUCAAAGAGAAGAAGUGUAUAGGGUGGCCGAUGAGGUUAAGAGAGAAGUUGGUGACAUUUCCAUCCUCAUCAACAAUGCUGGAAUCGUAACUGGCAAAAACUUCCUCGACUGCCCGGAUGAGCUUAUAGAAAAGUCUUUUGAUGUGAAUUUCAAAGCACAUUUAUGGACUUAUAAAGCCUUUCUACCUGCUAUGAUUGCAAAUGACCAUGGACAUUUGGUUUGCAUUUCAAGUUCAGCUGGAUUAACUGGAGUAAAUGGACUGGCAGAUUAUUGUGCAAGUAAAUUUGCAGCCUUUGGAUUUGCUGAAGCUGUGUUUGCAGAAACAGUCGCUCAGAAACAAAUGGGGAUCAAAACCACUAUUGUGUGCCCACUUUUAAUAAACACUGGAAUGUUUGAAGGUUGUACCACUAAGUUUCCUUCUCUGUUACCAGUUCUGGAACCAGAAUAUGCAGUGAGAAAGAUAGUAGAUGCUAUCUUGCAAGAGAAAGUGUACCUGUAUAUACCAAGGGUAUUGUACUUCCUGGUGUUUUUAAAAAGCAUCCUUUCCAGCAAGAUAGCAACACUUUUGUGUGAAUAUUUGGGUAUCUUUAAUGUAAUGGAUGGCUUCGUUGGCAAAAAGAAGAAAGACUAAAGACCAACUUUAUGGCUGAUGUCAUCUGAUACCCAGCAUUACAUAAUGCUUAUUUCAAUGAAGAAAAGUGUUUUUGUCCAAAAAGAUAUAUCUGGAGACUACAAGUACCAUUCUUAUUCUUCUAUCUGGACUAGUAUUUUCAACCAAUGCCUUUAAAAAUAAUAUUGCUAUCUGCUGUUUUACUGAGUUUUAAAAAUAAAAAAACAGCCCGUUUUGUCA